AUGCUCACACGAAGUGCACUGUGCCCAGCGAGGGCCUUUGCCAGCCGAUUCUCGCCUGCCAUCCUCGCUCCCUCGUCAACUGCCGCCGCGACUUCCUUCUCCACAUGCACACGACCAAGCAGGCUCCGGCAACAACAACAGCGCAGCAGCCCGAUUCCUACCUCACGCACCACGUUCCCCAGCAGGCCGAUAGCACGACAUGCAUCAACUGCCCCCGCACAGCCCGUCGCCAACAACUCGCCCGGCGCACAACCCCAACUUACAUGGAACGCCUUCUUCGCCCUACGCCGCACGCGCCGGAGAAUCGGCCAGGCUUGCUCUGGAGUCGGCGCAGUAGGCGUGACAUACUUUGGUCUCACCACCAUGAUCAACAAUGGCUACGAUGCCACCCUUUCCGCCCAACUCGGUGGUUUUGACCCCUUCAUGCUCAUGGGACUGAGCACCUUGGGUAUGAUGGCCGUGGGAUGGCUUAUUGGGCCCAUUUUUGGUAACCAGGUCUUCAAUCUGGCUUACAGGGGUGUACUUGGCGAAUUCACACGGAAAGAUUCCGCCUUCUUCAACCGCAUCAAGCGCCACCGCGUCGAUCCUACCGCGUCCUCGCUGGCCAACCCGCCACCGGAUUACUACGGCGAGAAGAUUGGUAGCGUUGCUGGAUACAGGCGGUGGUUGAAGGACCAGCGUGCCUUCAACCUCAAGACGGGAAGGUACCGCGCAACCAAGGCUUUGUAG